AUGUCGUCCACCAGCAACGCCUCCAUUGACAAGUUCAACGGAGACAAUUACGCAACGUGUAGCCGGUACAUGCGCGGUGUGUUUUUGACGAAGUCCGUCUGGCACGUCGUCAACCGUGAAGUGAAUCCGACUUUCACCGACCCGCGAGCGUCCGAUGACUACGUCAAGGCAAGCAACGUCGCGUUUGGUAUGAUGCUGCUGCACAUGAACGCGGACUACCAUCAUGUGCUGGACAACUGCGAGGAAGCCUGGGUUGCGUGGACAAGUCUGAAGACGCUGUACGGUGGGUCGCAGAAGGCAGGACGCAUCUACCUCAAGCGACAACUUUUCAGUAUCAAGAUGGCUGAAGGCGCGAACGUCAUGCAUCACUGCAACGAGGUCCUUGAUGAACUUUAG